AUGGCAGAGCCUACAACCCUUCCGCUGGUGGUGCCUACGCGUAUGAAGGUGAGAAGGAGUAACCAGUUCUCAAAUUCUUGGCCCUUUGGCUCACAAACAACAGGCUCUGCCUACUCAGUCCCACGAUCAGCUCAAACUCAGCAUUUGGAUGAGUCCUACGCUGCGCAGGACGCCGAAUAUGAUGAAGGAGAAGAGUACGAGGAAGGCUACGAAGAGUAUGAUGACGCCGAAGGAUACGUCUACGACGAGGUCGAGUACGAGGAGCCACAAAAUCGCCGGCAGCGCCGCCGUAAUCGUCGCCGACAUGAUGGAACACGAGGACCUCGCGCUCGUGGACCGAGACCUCGCAACCCGUAUCGACCAUUGCUCGAUAUCCUUCAACCUGUUACCACUGGCGCCGAUCGAACCAUGAGUAUGUCUCUGAUCGCAUUUGAGGCUUUGUUUGAGAGACAAUUGGGUGGUUAUAUUCCCGGUUUUGCUUUCAGGGACAAAACCGGAGCCUCUAUCACAGGUUUGAAGGAUCUAAACUGA